AUGAGCGAUGUGGUUGCCACCUUCAUGAAACACCUCAACAGCACUGGACUCUACUCUCCACAAAAACCCAGUCUGAAAGGAUUCCUCACCUACCUGAUAGUCAUCUACCUAGUUCUCGAGGUACUACUAGUUACGAUCUACAGCUGGGAAACAUGGGACUUCAACUCGCGCGUGAAAGCACUGGAGAACCUAAACUUGGCAAUCGGAGUUCUCAACAUAGCAACUGAGCACAUCAUCUUGCAUGACAGAAAAGACAACCAGAUUCAGCUAAUGUCGUCCGAGCUAUAUCUGUACGAUAUAAUAAAAGAUGGGAUUGGAUUAUCAACGUUUCAAGAGAAAAAGGCUUUUGUAGAGUCGAUGGAGAAAGAUAGCAUACUGUUGACGAAGAUAAUUUUGACAUCAGUUCGUUGGUAUUUCAUAGGGUACCUCAUGUCAUCACUAUUCGGAGUCGUUUUCUACGUAUUCAAUGAUGAUCUGAACAACCUUUCAUUGCCUUUCGUGUUCUACAACCCAUUCACCCCAUCACCGAGCUUAUCAUUCGUAAAUCUGAAGCAGUACCUCAUCAUACUGUUGUUCGAACUGUGGUACACUCAUCUCAGUUACAUCCUUGUGGUGACUUUGGGAGGAUUCUUCCUGUCCAUCGACAAUGUGACACAAGAAAUGAAACUGUUCCACAUGAAUUUGAAAGAGUUGAACUUGAAUUUUGAAGCGAUAGAACAAGCAGAAGACCAGAGCACUGAUUAUGAAAAAUUGAAACCGGUUUGCAGAAGGAUAUUUGUGCACCAUCAGCUGAUUUAUAAGAAAACUAGAAUGAUAAACAAAGGCGUUGACUUUAUAGUUAUGUACUACAAUCCCUUCAUAUGUUUUCAACUUUGCCUGGCUAUAUUCUGCAUUGUGAAACUCGACUUUCUCUCGAAAAUCAAAUACGGUUUCGCAUUCUUCACCGUACUUCUCAUGUCGUUCAUAUAUUGUGAGAAAGGACAGUCGUUGGAAACUGAGGGAGAGGAAUUGAGAAACACUCUUUAUAGCUGUAACUGGAUUGGAAAGCCCUCUUGGUUUAGCCGAUCUCUGAUGAUACUCAUGAUCCAAAAUAACCGUAUACCAAAAAUUGAAGCAUUUGGAGUUCUGCAACUCAACAGGAAGAAUUUGAGAGGGGUGAGCGAAAAAUAUAGUUUUGAGCGAUAA